AUAACGUUUACUUGGGGUGUGUUGUGUGAAAAAUACUUUUGGAAUAUUUUAUAAUAUCACUUCCAUGAUUAGGACGCGUAGAGCAGGGUUUUGCCAACAUCAUAGCGGUAGUCAGUAAAAAAAACAUGAAGAAAUCUUGUCGUUGACGUCAGCUUGGGGGUUUUCUAUAUUUUGCAAGAAGCACGGUUACUUAGUUUGAGUGGAUCUCUGGCAUGUUGUUCCUAACCAGGAAAGUUGAGGUCUGUCUUGAUUGUCUACUAGUCGAGAUCGUCGAGGGACUGUUGGACGUUUAUCGGGCUGUAUGAUAUCGCAUGAAAAGUUAAGCUUAUAUCGAGCCAAAAUGUUUCAACAGCUGUCCACCUCGACAACGAAGAAGAAUCGUUUUUACUUGAACACUCACUGGACUUCAGCAACAGCAGUUAUAAUUCUACUUACUUUGUUUGCAUCGUCUUGUCAUGCAGAGGAAGCCUCAUGUCACGGAGCGUAUGAUUUAUACUUUGUUUUAGACAGGUCUGGAAGUGUGGCGAAUGACUGGGGAGAAAUAUACGCCUUUGUGAAGAAUCUUACUGACCGGUUUGUGAGCCCAAGUAUGAGGGUGUCCUUCAUUGUGUUCUCAGCACAAGCACAAGUCCUGCUACCUCUAACUGGAGAUAGUUACAAAAUCGAGGAGGGCCUGAGACGACUAAAGGAUGUGAAGCCAGCAGGUGAAACGUUCAUGCAUGAGGGCAUUAAAGAGGCCUCUGAACAGAUAAAAGCACAGACCCAAAAGUCCUCCAGCAUCAUUCUUGCUUUGACUGAUGGGAAACUUGAUGUCUACGUACAUGAGCUCACAAUAAAGGAGGCAGAGGAAGCACGUAAAUAUGGUGCGAGAGUUUACUGUGUUGGGAUCAAGGACUUUGAUGAGCAACAGCUUGCUAAAGUAGCUGACACCAAAGAUCAAGUGUUCCCUGUCAAAGAUGGCUUCCAUGCACUCAAAGGCAUUGUGAACUCAAUCUUGAAGCAGUCGUGCACAGAGAUCCUGCGAGUGGAGCCCUCCAGCGUGUGUGUGAACCAGUCCUUCGACAUUGUCCUCCAAGGGAACGGUUUCACCCUGGGCAGAAGCAGCGAGGGGGUCGUGUGCAGCUUCAUAGUCAAACACCAGACCUUCGAUACAAAGCCAAGCGUGGUGCAGAAUAAUUAUCUUCUGUGUCCUGCUCCAGUGCUGUAUGAAGUGGGACAGACAAUGGAUGUUCUGGUCAGCCUGAAUCAUGGCAAGUCCUUCAUCUCCAGUGCCUUCACCAUCACUGCCACAACAUGUUCGGAUGGAUGGGUGGUGGCCAUCGUGUUCCUGGUGCUGCUGCUUCUCCUGGCCCUGGUCCUCAUGUGGUGGUGCUGGCCCCUGUGCUGCACUGUGGUUAUCAAAGACCCCCCUCCUCCUCCUCCCUCUUCGCCACCACCUGAGCCAGAGGAGGAUCCUCUCCCCAAGAACAAGUGGCCGACGGUGGACGCAUCCUACUACGGGGGCCGGGGGGCCGGGGGGAUCAAACGGAUGGAGGUGCGCUGGGGGGAGAAGGGCUCCACCGAGGAGGGGGCCCGCCUGGAGAAGGCCAAGAACGCCGUGGUGUCGGUGCCCGAGGACGCGGAGGAGCCCAUGAUCAGACGGACCCCCAGGGCCACCCCCCCAUGCCAGCAGCAGGAGUCCAAGUGGUACACUCCCAUCAAGGGUCGUCUGGAUGCAGUGUGGGCAUUGCUGCGCCGGCAGUACGACCGCGUCUCUCUCAUGCGGCCGACCGCUGCGGACCAGGGACGGUGUAUGAAUUUCAACAGAGUGCCGAAUCAUUAGAAGAACAAAAAAUGACCAGCUUUCCUGUACAAGUACAAGUAUCCAUUGUGGUCGAUGGAGAGAAAUCUCCUUUUGUAAGAUAUUUUAUCCAAAAAACCCUGUAUCCUCUGUGUUUCUUCUAUAUGCUUAGAGACCCUCCCAGACAGUGGCUCUACACUCUGAAACUGUUUUAUGAACGAAUAUUUGAAUAUUUCGAGAUAAUCAUGGCAGGGACAGAACUGUGUAUUUUCAAACUUGUCUUUUUAAACUUUGCAAGCGCUAAAAAUGCCCAGAAAUGCGGCACAAGGAUGCCAUUCGUAUUCGGUUAGAUUUUUGUGUGCACCAAAGGCUUAACAUAUUCUGACCAUAUUGUGCCUUCUGUGGAAAACCUAAUUUCAUGGACACAGACGGAAGCUAUCUAAAAAGCGGGAGCGAGAGAGGCAGUUUGCCGUUGGCAUGGAAGGAGAGCGAAUCCCAACGGGGCUCACAAGUGCAGAAGUCCGCUGCCUCCUGGCAACGUCUCGUCACGAAGCCUCUCCAACUCUCCACCAUCGAUUGCCUGGCGGGAGCCCUUUGACUGCAGAUCUUGUCAUUUUAACACUGAGAAGUGCACACGCAUGACAAAUUGUAGACAGGACGCCCUGAGGUUUUGGAGGCAGUACGACUUUGCCCUUAGAAGACACCUUUCUUUCAUUAUGCACUAGGGACAAGAAAAAUUAAUAGAGCGUUAUUCCACCGCGAGUCAACCCCGUCACUGAAGAGAUCUCCGGCUACGUUUGAGGGAUGGAUGCCUCAAGAGCUUGACAUCCUGCUUAGUGUUUUUUCUUCUCUUUUUUUUACCCCCUAUUUUUUGCAGUCUGCUCCGUGCUCGUCUAGGCGUACAGCACAUCACAUAAACAUGCCUAUCAGUUCAGAGUUUUAAGAUCCAGAGAUCCAGCUGUCUCACCUGCUCAGCCACAUCGGCCAUCCCAGUCCUCCCAGGGCCUCUUCACGUCUCAGACCACUAGUUCUCUCACCACCACAAUAUCAAAGUUUAAUUAAAAUAAUUAAAAGCAACAGCGAGCAGCAGCCUGUGAAGACUUGGCUGUCUACUUUAUGCUUUCUGACAUUGGAUGACCUAUUACUGUACUGGUGUUAUUUGGUGAAAGAGGGUCUUGGUGAUGCUGCACCAGGUUCAAAACGUAAAGUCAAAGUAACGGAUGCGACGGACGGAUAAGUAUUGUUCAUUUCCAGAAAUUAUGUUUCUGGCCACAUGGCCCCACACCCAGAAAAGAGGGAGAUAUAUAUAUUUGUUGUAGAUUUCUCAAGCGUGCUGUCAUGACGCCAAUCCCAAAUGAUGUUAGUGAGAGCGGAAACACUGUGGGGGAGGAAAGGGGCAGCAGCUGAAGAAAAAGGCUCGAACGAUCCAGUCACUUUCGAUACGGUACUUCAGAUGCAAAAUGGAUAUUCGAGUCGAAACCUGACAAAGCGCGCCGGCUUUGACGGGAACCGGUAUAGACAAUGACCAGUGGCUGGGUCAGUGGGAUGUCUCUGUGCAAGCAGGGAUGCUUAUCAAAUGACACUAAAAAUAAGUUCAACAACCAUCAACUUUGAGAGGGAAUCGGAGAACAUCUCACAUUUGGUGGGCAUGCAAGUGGAGAUGGGUGCGCACGUCUUACCAGUCUAAUUAUUCUUUUGUCUCCUCUGGACGGCGAGCAGCAUAAAUAAUUCCAGUGGUCAACAUAUCCAAAUCCUCGGGGUGCCAUCAUAUUUAUUUCAAACCCAAACACACAGUUAGCCUCUUGCUUAAUUUUCAGUAAGACAUUUUUGAUAGGCCAUUCAGCUUCUUCUUUUAGAGUGACAGUAGAUUGAGGUAUAUUUAGCACUUUUAUAUUGUAUUUUUUAUCUUACAAUUGAGAGCACAAGGCUGUUAUUAACUCCUGCUAAUGAGAUAUUUACAUACUAGUCAAAACACAGCUAUCCGUCUUAUUAAUAACACAUCACAUUCAAUAUAGGAGUUUUUCCUUCACUAUGCAGUCUCCACAUUUCUAUGGAGAGCUUAUACAAAAUAAGGUGUACUUUUUAUUAGUAAGAAAAAUUACAAAAUGUAAUUCCUUGAAUUAGCGUAUACCAAAAAUAGCCUUUUGUUAUGUUAUGUUCUAUAUUUUUGCACUUAAUUUUUACCCCAAAUGCCCUUUUGUAUGUAAGUUGUUUUGAAUGUGGAGAUAUUUGAAUAUUUGACCAAUUUUAUUUUGAAUUUUAAAUGAAUUUUAAAAAUAAAAUAAUAAUGUUUAUAUAUUUUGUUUUGAGGCACACAUAACCUAAACAAGUUAUCAAAAGGUGCUGUAAUAUUUCUGAAAGCAUUGCUGACAACAUUUCCUUCAAGUUUUACUCAACAUUCAGUGUGUUGCCGUAUAUUAGAGGCUGAUUAUCAAUUAUGGUUAGGGAACUGCUUUUAUCACGAGCUAGAUAAACAUGCUUACCAAAGAAUGUGUUGCACAAAAUAGUCAAUUAUAUUUUUUAAGGUUGUAAUUUGAAUGUAAAGUGUUGGUUCUUCUGUGUACAGUUUGACUCUUAGGACCCGUUGUUUUUUUAGUGAAAUAUGAAAGAAUACCACCUUGGUUUUUCUUUUCUCAAAAAGUUCAUGGGUUUGCAUUUGUGUUGCACACUGUAUUGUUUUGUUUAAGUUUCACAUGUUUCAGUAUAAUUUGUCAAAUGUUUUAUUAAACCUUGUAUGGAAAAUA